CACACCAUUGUAAAGAUUCAUCGGCACUUUGGGGACUUGUGCAAUCACUUAUUAAGCAGAAAGGACAUCAUGGAAUUCUUAAAAAAUGCGAACUUUGACCUAGUACUUUUUGAGUCAGUAGACUAUUGUUCUUCACUGAUUGUUGAAAAGCUUGGGAAACAAUUCGUGUUAUUUCUUGCCUUUCAACUUGGCUUUAUGGACUUCGAGUUACAAAGAGUCCCCUUGUCCUAUGUUCCAGUGUAUGGUUCUGGUCUAACUGACCAAAUGGACUUCUGGGGCCGAGUGAAGAACUUCCUGAUGUUCUUUGAUUUAUCCAGGAAGCAAAGGGAAAUACUUUCUCAAUAUGACAGUACCAUCCAGGAGCAUUUUGCAGAAGGCUCUCGGCCAGUUUUGUCUGACCUUUUACUGAAAGCUGAGCUGUGGUUUGUUAACUGUGACUUUGCCUUUGAAUUUGCUCGUCCUCUGUUUCCCAAUAUUGUCUAUGUGGGAGGCUUACUGGACAAACCUGUUCAGUCAAUACCCCAAGACUUGGAGAAUUUUAUCACUCAGUUUGGAGACUCAGGUUUUGUCCUUGUGGCCCUGGGCACCGUAGCGACCAAGUUUCAGACCAAGGAAAUUAUUAAGGAGAUGAACAACGCCUUUGCUCACCUCCCUCAGGGGGUGAUAUGGGCAUGUAAGGACUCUCAUUGGCCUAAAGAUGUCACAUUGGCCCCAAAUGUCAAAAUCAUGGAUUGGCUUCCACAAACUGACCUUCUGGCUCACCCUAGCAUUCGUCUGUUUGUCACCCAUGGGGGAAUGAACAGUGUAAAUGAGGCCAUCCAGCACGGUGUACCCAUGGUGGGGAUUCUAUUUUUCUCUGACCAACCCGAAAACAUGAUCCGAGUAGAAGCAAAGACCAUUGGUGUUUCUAUUCAGAUACAGACGCUCAAGGCAGAGACGUUUGCGCGCACAAUGAAAGAAGUCAUAGAAGACAAGAGGUACAAGUCUGCAGCAAUGGCCUCCAAGAUUAUCAGGCACUCCCACCCACUGACCCCUUCCCAGAGACUUGAGGGCUGGAUAGAUCACAUUUUGCAGACAGGGGGUGCAGCACAUCUCAAGCCCUAUGCCUUCCAGCAGCCAUGGCAUGAGCAGUAUCUGCUGGAUGUAUUCCUCUUUCUGCUAGGGCUCACGCUGGGCACCGUGUGGCUUUGUGUAAAGGUUCUUGGUGCUGUGAUGAGGUAUCUGAGUGGAGCGAGGAAGGCAAAGCAGACAUAA